AUGAAUUUCACGUGCGUGCUGGUGGCCGUGGCGGAGUAUCAGAUGCCCGAGAAGGAAUGCCUCCUCAAUCUCCUCGCCAAGGCGCUGGGUUAUGGCAUCAUUCUUGGAUCCACGAUUCUGAAGCUCCCUCAGAUUCUCGUGAUCAUCCGCAGCAACAGCAUCGAGGGCCUGAGUGUACCGUCGUUUGAGAUCGAGUGUAUUGGCUACACUGUCUCAGUGGGGUACUGCCUCUUUAAGAAUGUCCCCUUUACUGCAUAUGGCGAGCUCUUCUUCCUCCUCCUGCAGUCGCUCAUCCUCAUGUUCCUAAUAUACUCGCAUCUGCCCAACCAGGCAUCCACCACGUGGAUCAAAGUGGGCAUCUACUCCGCCAUGGUACCAGUGCUCUUCUCAGGGGCAAUGAGCGCACACCUGUACGAAACCAUCUACAAUGCUCAAACGGCUCUCUUCACCAUAGGACGCAUCCCGCAGAUGUGGAGUAACUAUGUGAGCAAGAGCACGGGGCAGCUGAGUGUGUUCACCACGUUCCUCACUUUUGCUGGCUGCAUUGCCCGUCUGUUCACGUCGAUCCAAGAAAAGGCCCCUCUCAGCA